AUGAGUGGCAGUCUGGAGUGUGUGCAGAUGCUAGUUCGUGAGGGGGCCAAUAUCCAUGAUGUCAAUAGGCAUGCGAAGACGCCGUUACACUUUGCAGUGGGGGAAAGGAGUGUAUGGGCUGGGGAACAGAGGGCUGAGGAAGAUGAAACAGCACUACUGAAAUACUUUAUUGCCGCAGGGGUAGAUGUUAAUGUUUUUUCAUCCUCUGGCACGAGCCCGCUAUGGUACGCAGUUCAGUCAGAUAAUCUUCCUGCUAUCAGAGAGCUACUUGCUGCCUCGGCGGAUAUACAGCUCCGCAACCUCUACGGGGAAACUGUGCUGCACGAAGCGGCGUACCAUAGUUGUCUGGCUGUGGUGCAGGUGCUGGUACAAGCCGGCACAGAUCUCCAUGCCCGGAGCAAGACAAAUGCAUCGGUUCUCCACCGAGCGGCAGAGGCUGGUCGUGUAGAUACUCUACAGUGGAUUCUGGAUCAUAGCCGCUUGACUGUGAACGAAACUGGUAGCCAUGGCUGGACCCCGUUGCACCAUGCUGUCUUCGCCGGCCAAGCUACUAUGGCCAAGUUCCUGCUCGAGCACGGGGCUGACCCGACGAUCGGUUCAAGUCCCGGAGGCCACGCGGCUUUACACUAUGCCGCGCGUUCAGAGCGAAACGAAACCGGUGAGUGGAAAGAGGAUUCCACACUGGUGCGCUACCUGGUCCAGUAUGGCGCUGAUGUCAACGCACCUGCUGAUGCGGGCUGCUGCUCAUCCGGCGGGGAGACGGGGGAGUAUCUGCAUGAAUGGUUCUUUGAUGCACAACCAGACGAGCCACCUGAGGAACUUGUCUAUCCAAUUCACUGUGCUGCUUCCUCAGGUAUGCCUAGCAGGGUGGAGGCUCUGCUAGAAGCAGGUGCUGAUAUCCAAGCAAGAACAAGUAUAUAUGGCAGUACUCCUCUCCACCUGGCCGCGAGGACAAGUGGACCAGAGAUGGUUCGCUUUCUCCUUCGCAAUGGCGCGGACCCUGAGGCAACAGACACUGCUGGUUGUAAGAUGGCGCAUCAUCUGGUGUUUGCGAUGCGGCGGACGCCGCGGAAAGCAAUGGAGUUUCUGGUGGAGAAUCAGUUAUGGGAUGCGUCGACAGUGGAGGAAGAUUUAGAAAUGAUCAAAGUAUAUGAACAGAUGGCCAAGUGCUUAAGGACAAGGAAUUUUACCAACAUAGUGGGCUGA